CCUCAAAUCAAAUUCCGUCUAUAUUACUACUACGCAUUAUUAUCACUCGUUUUUACGAAAUAAAAAACAAGGCAAGAAAUAAUAAUUUGUUUAGGGUCAUUGAAGAGUCCGCCUUUAAGGGUAGCAUCUUGAUAAUAUUGCACUCCCUUUUUCUCCUGGCAUUUUCUUCCAAUAUUUCUGAUCCCUCCUCCCUCACAUAAUUUCAUGCAUCUUCUGUGUAUGCCUUAAUUUCCACAUCUUUCUCUCUCUUCUCUCUUUAUUUGUCUUCCCCACAUUGCUCCAUACUCUUCUCUCUAUCUUUUUAUAACUCUUCCCCUUAUUAUUCCUUUCUUUAUAAUUCUCAUAUUUAUCUUCAUCACACACAUAUACAUAAUACAUUCUAUCUCUCUAUCUCAUUUCUAAGGUUAUGGCAGUUCAAGCUCAAUACCCUUCAAAUAUUCUCUUCUUAAACAGAAAUAACCAAGAAAGCAACGAUUAUUCAUUGCAACCUCAGCCUGGUGGAGGUGUUGGUUCUGGAUUUAUUGAGCAAUCCCAUAUGCUUUUUAACAAUAAUGGAGUUGGAGUUAAUCCAAGAAAAAGGAGCAGAGAAGUUGCAGCAACAACAACAACUACUACAACCAUUAAUUCAUUCAAUUUCUCUCUCCAAAAUCAACAACAACAACACAAUCAAAAUCAAAAUCAUCAGCUCAUCGAUCUUUCACAGCUCCAAAAUCAUCAACAAUCUAAUGUUGUAUCAACUGGGCUUAGAUUGUCAUUUGGAGACCAAAAUCAUCAACUUCAACAACAACAACAACAACAACAACAACAAAUUCAACAACAACCCAAUACGAUGCUCUCUCUUAUAUCGGAAGAAUUUGCCCUCCAAUUCAAACAACAGAGUGAUGAACUUUCUUACUUCCUUCAUUCACAGGGUGAGCAGUUGCGGCGCACGUUAGCGGACAAAAGGGAGAGACACUAUCGUGCACUGCUAGGCGCAGCGGAGGAAGCUGUGGCACGACGGAUGAGAGAGAAAGAAGCGGAGGUAGAAAAAGCAGCGAGGAGAAACGCAGAGUUGGAAGCCCGAGCGGCCCAAUUAAGUGCAGAGGCCCAAGCAUGGCAAGUGAAGGCCCGGGCCCAAGAGGCUCAAGCUGCGUCCCUUCAGGCCCAACUACAACAAGCUAUGGUGGGACCAAGCGGCGCACUGCAGCAAGACAGGGAGGGGAGUGGAUUAGGUUGCGCCGGGGAUGCGGAGGAUGCCGAGUCAGCUUAUGUUAACCCAGUGAGUGAGCAACGAGUCGGCUCACCGAGUUGUAAGAUGUGUCGGACACGUGUCGCAUCAGUGGUGCUGUUGCCUUGUCGACAUUUGUGUGUGUGUAGGGAAUGUGACGACGUCGUUCAAGCUUGCCCACUCUGUCUCUCUAUUCGAAGUGCCAGUGUUGAGGUCUACCUUACUUAAGAUUAUUAUUGGAUUGGACCCACUUGGCCCAUUACCUAAAUCCAGGCCCAUAAACUGCAACCUAAAAUAGUUAAAAGGACCAAAAAAAAAAACAAAAGAAAAGAAAAAGAGAAAAUGAGGAUGGUAAUAAACUUAGUAAUAAUAAUCCACUUUUUAAUUAAUAUUUUGUGUUUACAAUCCUUGAAACCUAGCCACAUUUAACCAAAAAAAAUGAUCUUUCGCAAUUCAAAUUAUGGGUCGUUUACUUGGGGGUGGACGGUGGUGAAUGGUAAUGAUGUACAUGGCCAAUAAAUGGCAUUUUUUUUUUUUUGCUUUUUUGAAAUUCAAUUCAUACAUAAAAUUCUUUUAUUUCUUAAUUAAUAUAUGCACGGAUUUUACA